GACAACUGACAUGAGACAUAGUUUCCAUGUAGGCUAUCCUUGUUAUCCUAUGCCAGCAUAGCAGGGCUUGUGGUUGUUGCUGGUUUGUAAUCUAAUUCAUGUAGGAUAACGGGUUUUCACAAGUCACUCAGCAGGGCAAGCACUGUGUAGGUCUGAACCUGUGCUGGGUACAAUGACGUUUCUCUAACCCGGAAAUAGCAAACAGCUGAACGAAGUAAUCGCUCUCCCUGAGCUUAGCGUGGUACAUGGAAACCUAUUUUACAUCGUUUCUACAGUAAAGGUCAGCACUGCACCCACGCUGCCUGGGCAGCCCAGACCCCCAGACGGCAGGAAACGGAAACCCGAGGCCAGCGCGUUUGGCUGCUCUCUCUAUCUGCCUCAGCAUUCAGUCUCGGGGUGCGUUACGCUAGCAUAGGCACUCUGCAGGGCUGUUGCUUAUUUAUGGCAUUUUCUUGAGGUGGCAGUGGCAGUGCAUCAGUAAAAAGAUUCUGAGCGUCGCGGGAUAGACUGACCUCGGCCGAGCGCCAGGCAGGGCCUUGCUCCUCACACCUCAAGAGUCUGCCUGCUGGUACCUUGACAUGGGGAACCUCCUGAAAGUUUUGACGUGCACAGACCUUGAGCAGGAGCCAAAUUUUUUCCUCGAUUUCGAAAAUGCGCAGCCCACAGAAGCAGAGCGUGAGGUGUGGGAGCAGGUGGACGUGGUGCUGAAGGAUGCAUGCAACAUCCUCGACGAGCUGCAGGCCUAUAAAGGUGCCGGUCAGGAAAUCCGAGAGGCCAUCAAGAAGUUCUAUGAGUUCUCGCAGAGAUUAGAGGCGGCGCUUCACAGCCUGCUGCGGGCCCUGACCAGCGAGACGUACGAUGACCCCACGCAGCACCUGGAGCGCGAGCAGGCCCUGGCCAAGCAGUUUGCUGAGAUCCUGCACUUCACGCUGCGCUUCGACGAGCUCAAGAUGACCAAUCCUGCCAUCCAGAACGACUUCAGCUACUACAGGAGAACCCUCAACCGUAUGAGGAUCAACAAUGUCCCCGCCGAAGGCGAAAAUGAAGUCAACAACGAGCUGGCCAAUCGCAUCUCUCUGUUCUACGCCGACGCCACGCCCAUGUUGAAGACAUUAAGCGACGGCACCACUAAGUUUGUCUCCGAGAACAAGAACCUGCCAAUCGAGAACACCACUGAUGUCCUCAGCACGAUGGCCAGCGUGUGCAAAGUCAUGCUGGAGACGCCAGAGUACCGCAGCCGCUUCACCAGCGAGGACACGGUGUCCUUCUGCCUACGGGUGAUGGUGGGCGUCAUCAUCCUGUACGACUACGUCCAUCCCGUGGGGGCCUUCGCCAAGUCCUCCAAGAUCGACAUGAAAGGAUGCAUUAAGGUUCUUCGUGACCAACCUCCAAACAGUGUAGAAGGCCUUCUUAAUGCUCUCAGGUACACCACAAAGCAUCUGAGUGACGAGUCGACCAACAAGGCCAUUAAAGCCAUGCUGCAGUGAAAGCUCCUCUGGGAUCCACCUCUCCUCUGCCCCCUCUCCUCUCCUCUGCCCCCUCCCUCCUCUCCUCUGCCCCCUCCCUCCUCUCCUCUGCCCCCUCCCCUCCUCUCCUCUGCCCCCUCCCUCCUCGCUCUGGGACACCACGCCGCCUCCUCCACCACUCCCCUACUCCUCCUGCUCUAUCCCAUCACAGCCAUGCACAGAAUGUUUUUAUAGGAAAAUAUGACAAAAUCACGACAGAGGGAGGGAGAGAGAGAGAGAGAGAAAGAGAAAGAAAGGUGAAAAAAUAACAACACAAAUGCUUUGGCAUCUCUCCCUCCCCUCGUUUUGUCUUUUUACAAAAAAAAAUAAACGUGAAUGCUACUGCCGUUACCGGACGUCUUUCCUGUGCCAAAACUGCGUCGCUUCAAUUCGCUUUUACAAGUCUCUCUGGAAAGGCCAUGCUACAAAUGGCAGCUAUGAAAGCAUUUGUCGUUACUUCUCAUUCUUUUGUCAUUCUACUUUUUAAUUGAGCUUUUGUUUUGUCCUGUGUGAGGGAGGGGGGAAUGUUUUGACUUGAAAUUUCAAAAGAGAGAGAUAUACAUAGAGAAAUAUAUAUAUGAAUAUAUAUUAUUUUUGUUUGAAUUAAUAUUUAAUAUUUCAUCCUCUGCAUGACAAAAUGAUGUCUUUUUCCCUCUAUUUAAAAAAGAACUAAUACUUAAAAUUCAUUUAUCAGUGUCAGCAUUUUGUCUGUAAAUUUAUGGAUGGAAAUGUUUAAAUUAUGUUUUUGUUAUUUGAAAUGGUACUUGUCACAAUGGAGAUUAUUAAAGAAUAGUACUGUUUAUGUUUUAUAUUUUUUAUAGAUCUUGAUUUAAGUGUUGUUGUCUUUUUUCAUAGUUGUAUUGUUAUUAUUUUUUUUCUUAUUUUGAAAACUAACUUUCAAACUGUGAUGGGGGUUCAAUUUAAGUGGAAGUCCGGUGUGAAAUGUUGACUUGUGCUGUCGGGAAACAAUAAAAACUGCUUUCAUGUUUUUGUA